AUGUCUGGACAAGAGUUCAACAAACAGAAUGAUGUCGCUCCAUCCGUGGAUGCCCUCAUUGGAAACACUCCCGCAGUGUAUCUCCGGAAUAUGAAUAAAACUGCUGCCACUAUUGUUCUUAAGUUGGAAUCUGAGAAUCCUAUGGCUUCUGUUAAGGAUCGUCUCGCUUACGCUAUCUACGACAAAGCAGAAAAGGAAGGGAAGAUAAAACGUGGUAAAUCUGUUAUUGUGGAGGCCACAAGUGGUAACACUGGUAUUGCACUAGCCCUUCUUGGAGCCGUAAGAGGUUAUAAAGUUAUUAUUACUAUGCCAGAUUCUAUGUCUAUGGAGCGUCGCUCUUUGCUAAGGAUAUUUGGUGCUGAACUUAUAUUAACCCCAGCUUCACUGGGAAUGAAAGGGGCUGUGGCCAUGGCGAAUCGCAUCGUCAGUAAUAAUCCUGAUGCAGUUCUUGCGGAUCAGUUCUGUACCAAGUACAAUGCUCAAAUUCAUGAGGAAACAACAGGACCUGAAAUUUGGCGACAAACAAAGGGUCAUGUUGAUUGUUUUGUGGCUGGUGUUGGUACUGGCGGAACACUUACCGGAGUCGCACGCUUCCUUAAAUCAGUUGGAUGUAAUGCCAAUAUUGUUGCAGUUGAACCACAAGAGUCUCCAGUUUUAUCUGGAGGAAGACCUGGUCCCCAUCGUAUUCAAGGAAUUGGAGCAGGUUUUGUUCCAGAGGUUCUCGAUCGUGAAUUGGUGGAUGAGAUCAUUCAGGUAUCAAGUGAUAAAGCAAUUGAAACUGCACAAAAAUUAUCCCGAAUGGAUGGUAUAUUCUGCGGUUUCUCCGCUGGGGCGAAUGUUUUUGCUGCUCUUAAAAUAGCAGAGCGGCCAGAGAUGGCGGGAAAAACUAUUGUUACCGUUAUCCCAUCAUUUGGAGAGCGCUACUUAUCCACAGCUCUGUACGCAUCCGUGAGAGAAGAGAUUACGAGCCUCCCUGUUGUCCCAGUUUCGGAAAUUCCACAGGUGUAG